CCGAGCCCCUUCUGUUGAGCUUCGGCCUUACUCUAAUGCAAAUUAUCGACGUUGAUGUCAUACGAACCAACAUCUAAUGUCAGAAGACGGAACGAGAGCGAAAGCCGCCAAAAGACCGAGAGCUUCUAAAAUGUCGUCCUCGAGAGGCGCGGAGUGCUCCACGACGUUUCGAUCCCAUUGAUAAACCGAGGAACGACAACAUCUCCGAGUGGCUUAACUCUUCGGAAAGAGACCGAAGGCCUCUCGCCAGAAGGUCGAUUCUUAAAUCCGGUUACAUCGAGGACUCCUGCGACGGUUUGUUCCAGAGAUUCGCGCGUCCACAAGAUGGCGGCGCCGAGACCGUACGAAGUAUCCGUCCAUCCAGGACGAGAAGAACCAGCUACUGAUCACCAACCUCUGGCUGAAAUUGGAAUGGAACGACGUCAACAUGCGGUGGAACACUUCGGAGUACGGUGGAGUGAGAGAUCUAAGGAUUCCACCUCAUAGACUAUGGAAACCCGACGUUCUCAUGUACAAUAGCGCGGACGAGGGAUUCGACGGCACGUACCCGACGAACGUCGUCGUUAAAAACAACGGAACCUGCUUGUACGUACCUCCCGGAAUAUUCAAGAGUACCUGCAAGAUCGACAUCACCUGGUUCCCCUUUGACGAUCAGCGAUGCGAGAUGAAGUUCGGCUCCUGGACCUACGACGGAUUCCAAUUGAAUCUCCAGCUGCAAGAUGAGGCCGGUGGCGACAUAAGUAGCUUCAUCACUAACGGAGAAUGGGAUCUCCUAGGAGUACCAGGAAAAAGGAACGAGAUUUACUACAACUGCUGUCCGGAGCCGUACAUAGAUAUCACUUUCGUGGUUAUCAUAAGAAGAAGGACCUUGUACUAUUUCUUCAAUUUGAUCGUGCCCUGCGUCUUGAUCGCCAGUAUGGCGGUUUUAGGCUUUACUCUGCCGCCUGAUUCUGGCGAGAAACUUUCCCUCGGGGUAACGAUUCUUCUUUCUCUCACCGUGUUCUUAAACAUGGUUGCCGAGACAAUGCCGGCGACAUCGGAUGCUGUGCCAUUACUAGGAACUUACUUCAACUGCAUCAUGUUCAUGGUCGCCAGUAGCGUGGUCAGCACUAUUCUUAUUUUAAACUACCACCACCGCAAUCCUGACACUCACGAGAUGUCCGAAUGGGUCAGGGUCGUGUUCUUAUAUUGGCUGCCCUGCAUGCUGCGGAUGUCCAGACCAUCCGACAAGGAGGACAAGGAGGGACCGAAAUCCCAGAAGCCAUCUCCUAUAACCGGUACUGGAAAGGCAUACGACUUGGAACUCCACCAGAGGAGUAGCAAGUCGCUGCUGGCCAACGUGUUGGACCUGGAGGACAACGCGUUAGCGUCGCACAACAACCUGUUGAACAACGUCUACAGCACCCCGAGUUCUCACCAUCACGCGAUGGGCCACGGCCACAGCCACAUACACACGACGCCGCAUCAUCACCAUACCCACGCGACGUCGACGCCGCAUCAUCAGCACCCGACCGCGUUGCCGCACUCCUCCUACCCGGGGCAUCAGAUCAGCCACACCCCGCAUCAUCAUCAGCACCCGCAAGACUCGGGGGCCCCGCAAAUCGAAACCAUCCUGCAGAGCGCGUGCUUCUGUGCGCGCUACGAGCUCAUAUUGAUACUGAAGGAGAUCAAGAUAAUCACGGACAAGCUGAAGAGCGACGACAUCCAGACAGGGGUGACAAACGACUGGAAAUUCGCAGCGAUGGUGAUCGACAGGAUGUGCCUAAUCAUUUUUACUCUCUUCACCAUAAUCGCUACCAUCAGCGUUUUAUUCUCGGCGCCGCACAUAAUCGUCACGUGAUUCGGAAGGUCGGGAUCGCUGGCACGUGUCGAUGAAGUCGUUCGGAUGGUCGGAUGUUGGUUGUUACGGGUAGUAGGCCAGCAGGGACACCUCCGUUUUUUACGCUUGCGACGGUACCGAAGGUGUUUAGCGUAACGGGGAGACGCUUCCCGACCGAGGUCCUGCGUUUAAUUAGGAAAGCAAUACGAAGUAGCUCGCCUCGAGGGGCUCGCCCGGAGGGAGAGGAGAGAUAGCGCCACGCGGGCGACGGAGAGAGACGAAGAGAGACCCUCGACGCGUAGACGUAACACGCAGGCCAGCCACCAGCGCUGCCACCGGAGGACGGGCGCAACAGGCGCGACAGGGAGGACGACCGAUGGACGUGGUACGUGCACGCGUAUGUACCCGCGUAUACGUUUACCAACGUACGCGCGCAUGUACGCGUGCACCCGAGUUUAUUACGACGAAUUGAUUUCCUAAGCGAGCCGAUUUGCAAGCCCGCGAGACACUUCUGUGCAAGGAAGCAAAGCGCACACAUUAUACUCUCAACACGAUGAACUGCCAAGGUGAUUCAAAUGCCAGUGAAUUUUAUUAUCCGUAUCACUAGUAAGUAACGACAACUAUCAAGAUUUGUACUACGAUUAAGUGGCGUGCGAUAGCAGAUUCUUCUCGUAGGUUAAGCGAUCCGUUGAGGGGGGAGAGGCGAAUCUAGGCCCCGCGGAAUCGCCGCCUUUCUGGGGUACGCUCAGCCUUUUAGUUUAAGCGAGUGGAUUAUUCCUUUAUUCCUCGGACACGAGUGCCGUAAGUCUUGCACGCGUCUCGGGUCAAGGUCCGCUGAUCGGGUUUAGGUCAUUUGGCUCGUUAUUCGAGAGAUUUGGAUGACGUUCUAGGAGCCGGAACGGUCCGGCGACGAUCCGCGUCCAGGUUGACUGACUUGCCGUUAGGGACGGACACGCCGCGAUUGGGUUUCAAAUACUUUCUAUUUUCUGAAUACUUUCACUGACGAUAGGGAAUUCGUAUAUUUUUAUUUUUUACCGUACCCGAACACCCCCGAGUGGUUCGAUGACAAAGGUCGGGGAAUUUGGGGGCGCGGCCGCAUCAAGGAAUUUUCGGAAUGGAUACUCCUCAUUCGAUAUAAAUAUUAAUCCUAAUAUUAAUAUUCUGAUCGUUGAUUAAGGGUCACUUAAUGAUCGGGCUCUAUGAUUUAUUGGUGGAUAUCUGUUUUUAAUGGGAAAUCGGCGCUCGAGGUAAAAGGCGUCAUAUCGGAAUCUGGAUCGAAUUGCGGUGUCGUUAUGGAAACUGAUGGACAUAUUAUAUAUUAAGUACGUAAGCAGUAUAAAGGCCGUUAGUCGAAAGAAUUUACGUCAAUUUGUCACUUUGAUAAACUUACCGUAUUCGAAUGAAACAUCCUAUACUAUGUACGCUUUAAAAGGGAUUACAAGACGCAUUAGGUUUCAAAAUAUGCUCUUUAAUAUGCAGGAUGCAAAGAGGCGUUUGUUUACUCAUAUAAAAGGCUGGCCUCGUGUCGCCUCCCUUUUUUAUAUAAGAUUUCCAGCAUUAUUAAGCUGCUAUUUAUUACUUUAUCACGUUUAAGAGGCACUUCUUUAUAAAAAAAAAGUAAAGAGAAAAAGUAGACGGAUUAUUUCGGAGAUUCGCCCGAAAGUCUCGAGUCUCUCGUUUAGGACGCUGGACGGCAAUCUAAAACGCGACAACAAAUGAACGAUCGUUACUUAUUCGCCAUCCUGUAAACACGGUUCAAUUAUUCAACUAUUGCUGCUAAGCUAAGAUGACCUACACUUCAUUAACGGACCUUGCGUUCUCAAGGAAGUCUUUUCCACGAGUCAUACUUGGAUGUCGGACAUUCGUUAUUCUCGUAUCGCGAUAACACCGGCUGGUAUUACUUUGAUAUUAUAUUUGAUUGACAAACCGAAGGCAUUGUCACCGAUCGAACGGCCAUCGAUUUGCUGUCCACGCUCCGUUUCGAUAAAAUCGUGGAAGAUAUUUCCUUGUAAGCCGGUUCGAGGUGCACUCUUUGAUCUUUUCCGUGCGCACGCCACUCAUUAGGUAGCCAAGCUGCGUCCAAGGCCAAUUCACGUUAUCAUAAACAAUUUCCCUUCGAUUCACACCAAAGUGGCGCGUCCAAGACGGCUCUUCGCCCAGACGUCGGGUGACCAUCUUCACGGCGCGAAGGAGAGCAUAAUUCUCAAACUUUUAAGGAAGAUGCGUUAACGAUGUCUUGCAUCGCGACCGAUGCAAUAAAACCUAGUUAAACGAAUAAACGGAAGACAUAUAAAUUACCGAAGGGAAAUAAGCGAAAGAAGGCGAAGAAGGAAGUUACUCUCUAUUAAAAUAUCUAAUUAGGAGGAAAUUGAACGAAAUUUAUUUAGCACCUUCGACGGACAAAGAUAUGUCCGAUUGACACAUUAGCAAUAAAUUUAACGAAUAAUUUACACCGCAGGAGUACCAGAAGGGUGUAAACCUAGUUUAUAUGCCUUCUUGGAAUUGCGCGGUAUAAACGAUAGAGCCGGAAUUUGUCAACCUUCGGAUCGUGUCACGCUCGAGGUGCACCUUGUGAAACUUUUUUCAUUUAUUUAAUCAAAUCUAUAUAGACAUGUAUACAAAUAUAUUUACGGCUAUGCGUGUCCUUAUUUUAGGUACUGUACAUAGUGACGCUUGUAUAGUGUGAAAAGUGUCCGCGAGUCGUGCAAUCCAGUAGAGCGCAAAUCGAAUCAUCGAUGGGAGCGGGUUUACGCUGCUUGUCAUUAGGUCUUAUCAUCUCGGGAGAGCGUAUUCGUCUCCAGGACGGUUUCCGAUAUUCUUCGUCCUAUUGCGAUUUACGGUCUGGAAGCGUCCCGAAUCUUUUUACCGGAUGGCUUUCGGAAUCUGCGAAGUGCCGAAGCGCGACGCGCAACUUCGGUGUGAAGCUAUUGUACUUCGGGUCUCGACUAAUCGAGGAAAACGUGUGCGAGGCAUACUUUCGGCGGUGCGUGGCGGAUCGCACGAUUUUAACGUGAACUGGCCUUCGUUUUACUAAAAGCCCACAUCGGAUUAUCCGUCAACGUACAGUUAUCGUGUUAAUCGGGAAAUUCGAGCGGUUUGCGUCGAUCAGCGGUCACGUGGAGUCAGGCUCGUUGCCAUAAAUCGGUUGAAUUUCCCGAUGUUAAUCCACUACGUUCUUCUACGGUUCUUCCGUGUACUGGGAACCACGUGUCGUCAAGGAACAACCCAGCCCAUUAUAUUCGUGUCGACUUCGGAAGAACGCUUGUCGUGAAGAGGAAAUGCACGUUGACUGCACCUUCGGAAAGAUAUCGCGAAGCAACUAUUUCUGGUAUUCGCCAGUCUUAAGGAGAAUUCGCGGUGGUAAAACCCUCGAAGUUAAGCAGAAACGUGUCGAUUGCGUUCGCGUAUGCGUUUCCGUUGGUUUCUUUUCGGUGGAAUGUAACUUGCACGCUGAUUUCGCCUUAAGAUGAAUUUUUCCCGGAUAUUUUGAGAGGUCGGGGAUUGUCCACUGCGUAACUCCCGCGAGGAUUUGUACUUUUACGCGUUGCUCUCUGUCGGACUACCACGCUUCCCUUCUCGACUCCGUGUCUUCAAUAAUUUUCCGUAAAGAUUAACCACAAUUGCUAGCGCUCGCGUUUCUUAAUCCCGCGUAAUUCCGAUAAGUACCUCGUACGUUAAUCGCGGAGCAACGAAUUGCCUUCGCGAACUACGAAAGUGCUGAUCGUAGCGAGGCCCCGUUCCAUUUUAUUUCCCCGCACGUUUAUACAUAGAAAACGUAGAGUUUCUACAUACAUAUAUAUAUAUAUAUAUACAUAUACAUAUACAUAUAUUUGCAUACAGUACCUACGCAGUCGUGCUUCCUGUGUUUGUUAAUUUCGCAAAUGACAUCGAAUGAAUGAUUCGUUUACCCGUUAAAAGCUAGACUUUUGAUUUCGCGGCUCAUUCGGUAUGCUGAGUUGGACAAGCUAUUAUUGAGGCCCAAAUGAUUUAUUUUAUACGGCUCGAAGAGAGAAAGAGAGUAAUCAUUCGGUUCGAAAUGAAGGUCGGUGGAAGGGAAAGCCUUGCUUCCGUUCGAAAAUUACUCUUGUUUACGGAUAGUCACGUAGACGGGCACUAUUGAGGGGAAAAAAAAAAUUGUAUAAGAUUCCAUUGUAAUGUACAUUUGGCCAUUGGCAAUGACGCGACAACCAAUCACGUUAUCUUUUAAAUAAUAUCGAAGUUAUAACUAAUAAAACGUUGUUAAUGAUGUUAAAGGAAUGUUUAAAUGUAGAAUAACGGUAAUUAAUAAUGCCCGGUCGGUAAAGAAUGGCGAUCCCGAGGCUUUAAAGGGACUCCCCGAAAGAGCUCGCGGAAAGGAAAGUUAAGUAGGACAUUGCCUAGUUAGGCUUGUGGUAUUCAAUUUAACGAAUAGUCGAGAGUAGAAUUAAUGUUUGUUGUGCUUCAAGUAGGUGGAGGAAAAGUAAUGAACUUCGAGGAGUCUCUGUCGUUCGAGUGAGAUGUCGAUAUGACUCGUAAUGCACGUUUUACGAAUUCGAGUUCGGGCAAAAAGUAUUCUUCAUUCUACUUUCAACUUCUUUCGGACCUUAAUUCCUCGUCAACAUUUUAUAAGUACGCACCUUUGGAGCUUGUAAUCGAACUCAUGUACUUUUAGUCGGUAUUCUUGGGAAUUAGUGGAAUCAAUUUUUUAAGGGCAACACGCUCACCUUCUCUUGCUCCGUUUUUCGAUUGAUCUCUCUUUCUUCGCGUGAUAAGGAUAAUUGGCCGACUUUAAAUGGCAGAAGGGCCAAAAAAAGGCUUUAAAAGGCGAGCAUUCAUUCGAUCGAGCUCAAUGAAUCGCAUCCACCUACUUGAAGCGAAGUAUCAACUCCGUUUGAGAAAAUCAGCAAAUGCAUCCGAAGAGCGUAAUGCAAUUGUACAUUGACGAAGGCGAAUUACAUAUUAUGGCCUUUCCAUCAUACGUACGCUGGCAGCACAAUAUUCAUAAUAAAGGCAUUCAUGUUCGCCAAUGUACAUUACAAGUUACGUGAGUGAUUACGAGUCACUAAGCCAAGCAUUCUCCGAAUAUUAACGAUUGUGCAAUGGAAAUCACCGAAAAUUAUCCGCCUCCCGACUUGAUAUGUUCGCUGCCGAAAUCGCCGGAAUUGCGCGAUCCGUAAUAUAAGUAAGUGCACCCGAAUACGUUGAUCUUAGCGAUUGCAAUCGGCACAUUUCGUACCGGAGCAAAUAACAUAAAAAGUAGCACUAAUCAGAGUUUUUCGUACAGACGUUGUCACUCCGGGAAUUGGCUCUAACUGAAAACAACGUACUCGAUCGAAGGUUAUUGAUAGGAUUAUAAAUAUUCUAACGAGAUGUACUUGUCUUUCUACGCGGUGUGCGGAUUGUAAUCGGUAACGUCCCUUUGAAUAAGUCCCCUCAUCGACUAAUCAAUUUAUCGGAGGAGGGUGAAUUUACGGAGGAAGGCCGAACCGUGCUCCUUCGGAGAAACCAUUGAAAUGUGCUCAGCACUUUUUGAAUUGCAACUCGAGCACGAUCCAUUUUCGUUACUCAAGUGCGACUUAGCAUGCCGUAGAAAAUUCCACCUUCCCCGCGUACAUUGGGCGACGAGUGUUAAUAAUUAAUACAUAGGUCUGGCCAUCGAUUAAUCACAAAAGGAAACCGUAUCCACUAUGGCAGCGAAUGUAUUAAGAGGAUUUCUUCGCCGUUCUUUCGUGACAUCGUGUGUACACACAGUGCGCUAGCUAUAACAAUCUGUAAACGAAAAGAAAAAACAACAAAAAAACAAAAAGAACCGAUCCAACAGUGCCAGCUGUGUGUCGCGGUGUCCUCUGAUUCAACACCGCGAAAUGCCGCUCAAACUUUGCGUUCUCGAGAUACCACAAGUGAAAUACCGAGAUAAAUCGUUAACGGUACGUUAUUUGGGAAAACACUCGAAACAUGGGUAGUCUAAUUAGGAACACAAAUCAAGUGCCAAAUUUUUAGCUAACUUAAUAUCGCUGAGCCAAAACUAAUAUAUCAGGUGUUGCGAGUUGCGAGGGCGCGGACGCGUCCCGAGUUAGUUGAGUGCGGUGUGUAACGGCUCGUUGAAAUUAGACGAGGAAAUCGGGAACACUCGUCGAGGUCCCGAAGCUUAAGUUCGGCCCGAAGUCCAUCCGACGUCGACGAGAGUCCUCGAAUUCCCGACGAGCUUCGCGUUGGAACACUCUGAACCUAACUCUCACACCAAUGGGUGCAUUAACGAUUAACAAUCGCGCGAUACGUCGAGGCGUCUGGAAGUUAGGGUUAUUUAUACCGAGGUAAUUCUAGGCAAUUGUAAAGUUCUAAUCAUUCCGAUAGGCGAUUUCUGGUACCCUUCGUUCGAGAAACCCGCUCCCACGUUAGUUGACUUGACGCAAUUCAGAAGCUUCGCAAUCUUACAAGGGUCUGGUAGAUAGCGUAUAGAAAACUCGAAGGCAAUAUUUGCGGUCGUCCCUCGAAGUCGCGAGGGGUCGCUUGAGAUUCGCGAAUGGGAUUACGUAGGGAAAGGAAAAUCUUGAGGGGAGAAAUAAGGAAAAGUGAGAAGCGACCCUCGACUUCGCCGCGACGACCGCGAGCGAGGUCCUGGAUGAAUUAAUUCCGAAACUUAAACUGGAUUACUAAACAUAUACCGCUAAACAUAAUCUAUACAUAUUUAAACUAUUGAAUGCUAAAAUCGUACUCGUAUAAACAAAACUCAAUAAUCAAUUACUGAAUAUUAAAGCUAGGCUGUAAUCGAUAACGACGUAGCGUUACUUUGAUAGUCACUUAGGGAUGGUUCGAGGUAGACGAUUAGGAAUUAGGGUCUACUUUACCGAGAUCACUUUCUCUCUAAACUAAACCUAAUAUCUGAAACUUACCUCCGACUUUUAAAGAGCGCUGAGACAAAUUAAAAGAACCGAUCGUAAUGAAUCUAACUCUUCCAUACUUUUACCUUCUGUACUUUGUAAUCGCGUUAACGCAUUCAUCGCCCCUACAGCCUUCCGAGGAAUCGCGUUAACGCGAGUCGUUGUUUCGAGAAUCGAACGAUCGGAUUCGAGGGCGAGAAGAUAGAAGGGCGAAGGUCCGGCGCGCGAUAGGCUGGCGGGACGAUGAAUCGCAUCGACUCACCCAAUCUCACUUGACUUUGAAUUAUGCCUCGAUAAUAGCCUGGUCUAAUAAUAGUAAAUUCAUAUUGAAGAAAAAUAAAAAUUUGUUACAUUUCUAUGCUGGGCUCUUAUUUGAGGCAACGUUGAUUGAUACGUGAAUCCCUGUUAACUGGUGAGCACAUAUUCGCCGCAUUGUAAUUACUAUUAUUAUUACGUUACU